GAAUUUUUUCAGAUAAAAAGAAGAAGUCCCUUGAGCUCUUGAACAAAAUUAUGACCUUCGCAACUUUUUGGCUAGGUGCUGAAAGAGUCUCUGCUCGAGCUGCUAGACUGAAGGAGAGGCGGAAAAAGAGGAAUGCUGUUAACCUCCAAGCUGCUGGAGUGGCCAGAAAUGAAGAUAGAAAUGUGGAGAGUUUGGUGAUUCAGCUAGAGUGAUGAGAUACAAAAGGUAAGACCACUUUGUUGAAGAUUUUAGCAGGAAAGCAUAUGGUUGGAGGAAGAGAUGUUGUUCAAGUCCUCAGUUGUUCUGCGUUUCAUGAUACACAACUGGUUUGUAGUGGUGAUCUUGCCUAUCUCGGAGAAUCUUGGAGCAAAACAGUUAGUGCUGCUGGUGAUGUUCCGCUCCAAGGUGAUUUCUCUGCCGAGCACAUGAUUUUUGGAGUUGAAGGAAUUGAUCCUCUUAGAAGAGAGAAAUUGAUCGAUCUGCUUGAUAUCGAUCUGCAGUGGCGGAUGCAUAAAGUUUCUGAUGGACAGCGCCGUCGUGUUCAAAUUUGCAUGGGACUUCUCCAUCCAUACAAGGUGCUAUUGUUAGAUGAAGUCACAGUUGAUCUAGAUGUUGUCACAAGAAUGGAUCUCCUCGAGUUCUUCAAGGAGGAGUGUGAGCAGAGAGGAGCUACUAUUGUCUAUUGCACUCAUAUAUUUGAUGGACUUGAGACAUGGGCCACACACCUAGCUUACAUUCAAGAGGGUGAGUUGAGAAGAUGCACAAAAAUGGAAGAUAUACAUGAACUUGAAAAGGCUGAUAACUUGCUCUCAGUGGUUGAAUCAUGGCUUCGUUCUGAGACCAAGCUACCGAAAAAGGAACCCAUAAAAUCCUCUAUCCUAUCAAGAGGAGCUUCACCCUUUGAUUCAUCUCCUUUCAAAUCAUCCCGACAUAUGGCAUACUAUCGCUGAAUCAUGAAGCCAUCAGCUAUCAUUACUAUAAAUCAGUUAAGACCACAAUAUGCCUUCCAACACAGAAAAUUUAGUUGAAUUGUUUGUUGUGUAUACAUGAUCGAUAACUUACAAUAAGUUUGUUAAUUUGGAUGGUGUCGAUUAUGUAUAAUUUUUUUAAGGAUAUAUCUUUUGAGUUAAAAGUCGUAAAAUUUACGGUAUCGUCAUGUUUGUGUUC